UCAGUGUAUGGCAACCCGCGAGCCGCUCAUUCAGAGAGGAACAACUCGGAGGGGACAAGAACCGUGUACUCUGACAGAAACAUUUUCAGAAAAGGGAAACUUCCACAUAGAUCCUUCUGUACUACUUACGCACGUGAAAACGCUGAAGACGGAUUUUUUUCAUUGUGUGCGAAGGAGGAGUUUAGGCGUUCAGUUGAAGAUAUGUUUCGAAUAUCUCUGAGUUCAGAACUUUCAGCCCAUGUGCAACUCGGUUAUUAACAUUUGAACACGGCGCCAAGAAGAAAAGGUGAACUCUUGUGGCGAUUUCUCUAGCAUUGAACUUUGCAGCUACUGGACAAAUAAAGUCUCUCAGUUGUAUGUUGCCAUUGUGUUCUAUUUGCUAUAUUAAAAAAGGAAGUUGUAUGCCAUAACAGAAAAUAAAAAGGCAGCUGGAGAAAUCCGGGGCAGUGGCGAAACUAGUCCUAUGGAAGUAGUGAACAUAUCGGACACCUGCCAUCAAAGGGAAUUUAUUGAGCCAGGAAGCCCGACCAUCAGCGCGCUGAUGUUCUCAGCGGGAGUGAUCGGAAAUGUAGUCGCUCUGCUCCUCUUGGAGAUACGUCGGAGAAAGGACCAAAGCCGGCAGCGCCUGUCUCUGUUUCACGUGUUGGUGACCGCGCUGGUUGUUACGGACCUGAUGGGAACGUGUCUCAUUAGCCCUCUCGUGAUGGCUUCUUAUGCGACUAAUAUGACAAUGAUAGGUAUGAGUGGCGACCUCACAGUGUGCAAAUACUUUGGCUUUAGCAUGACAUUUUUUAGCCUGGCCACUUUGUCCAUCCUUUUCGCUAUGGCAUUAGAGCGUUGCUUCUCCAUAGGAUACCCAUACUUUUACGGGCGGCACAUCACCAAGCGCUGCGGGUACGUCUCCAUCCCGUUCAUUUACUGCGUGUGCAUAGUCUUCUGUCUGCUGCCUUUCCUUGGUUUCGGCGAUUACGUACAAUACUGCCCGGGAACGUGGUGCUUCAUCGACAUGAACCCCCCACAAUACCACCACAAAGUUUACGCCAACGUGUACGCUACCGUAAUGCUUUUAAUUAUCACCUCCAUAGCGGGUUGUAACGCGUUUGUCGUCUAUCACCUGGUCCUCAUGUAUCGGAGACGCAAAGUGAACCGAGGAUCCAUGGUGUCAAGGAACAGAAGGGACCGAAGGUCUUUCUCCAUGGCUGAGGAGGUCGAGCACCUCAUUCUCAUGGUCUUCAUGACAGUGGCUUUCGUGAUUUGCUCACUUCCGUUAAUGGUUCGCGUCUACAUAAACUCCACUGGGCAGAGGAAGGAGAGCCACAAGACUGACCUCAUCGCCCUGCGCUUCCUGUCUGUCAACUCCAUCAUCGACCCCUGGGUGUUCAUCAUCCUCAGCCCGUCUGUCCUGCGCUUCCUCUGGGGGGUACUGUGCAAAAGCCCGGACCUGCGCCACGGAGGGGUAGUGUUCAGCUCCUCCCUAGGGAAGGAGUCGCACAUCCAGCAUGAACUCUGCCCCCGCACCAGCACCACAGAGAUUUCAAAGCUACAGGGCCUCGGUCAGAUGGUGUGAUUUGGUCACGCUAACUGCUCAGACAGGUCCCAAGGAAGUGGCCUGCUGUGAAGCCAAGUGACCACCGUGCGCACGCCAUGUGGUUUAGGUCUAGGUCAGGACUUGUCAAGCUAUUGAAGUGAAAGCCAAGAAAUCAGACAAGUCACAUCCUACACAUUUCACUACAUAUGGACUUGCACGGAAAUGUGGUUUGUUUGUUUCUUUAAUAGUUCCUUUGUUUUGAUUUGCUGAAGGCAGUGAGUUUUAGCUUGCAAUGUGACUUGGACAGAGCGAUAGGGUGAAAGACGUCAGAAAAAUUGUUCUCUUAAGGACCAUAGAAAUGUCUUGAUGAUAGCACAUCUUGUCUCAAGAUAUUUUUAAAGUCACGACAUUUCCUCAAGCAAAAGCAUACCAUAUGAUUUAAAAAUGUUUCAGAUGGAUUACAUGCAUUUGUUAUGGUCACAUGUCAUUUGUAAGCCUUAGGUCACAGCAACAAAGUUCCAUGAGCUCUUUGUGUUAUGACAGGUCAUCCUGCUCUCAUAGGGUUGAAUGGAAUGAACAGCACAUCUCCGUGCAGAACAGCACACCUCUGUGACGUAUGUCAGUAUUACAUAUGCCUGCCUUGGGCCUGCAGUGGUCCACCUCAGAUCUCAGACUGCUUCAACACCAUGUCUGCCUGUCUCAUGGUUUUACAUCACUGCUGGAAUUUCCAUGGUACUGAGAGGGCAUGGUAAGGGAGUUAUGUGCUGAGUCACUUAGCAGGAGCCGGGUGUUCAGUGCGAUUGUGUGGGUGUGCUUUGAAAGAGUGGUGUGACAGCACAGUCUUAGCCUGCUCUUGCCUCUGAUUUCCAUCAGUAAGCUGUUCAUUCUACUAUGACUGAGAACCCCAGUCAGGGCAGCA